CGGGAGGGAAGGAAGGAAGGACCGGGAAGCGGUUGGAUUUGAUGUGUAGAGCUCCAGCGGACCAGGUCUGCCGCUCUCCUCUGUAACAGCCUUACACGACGACACUGUUUUUGUGAAACGCCAUAACCAAAGCGCGGCUGCUUCCUCAAUUUCUGUUGUCGUUUUUUUGGCUCACUCACUCCUACCGCCAUCAACUUCACCCUUCCCUCCUCUGACAUCAUUACCAUUACACCAGAAGAAAAAAAAAAUCCCUACUCUUUCUCUCUCUUCUCUCUGUUUCUUUCUUAAUUGUUCGUCGCUUUUUAUAAAAAAACCGCUUGCCUUUCCCACUCAUUCACCGCCACUUCUCGAAAUUUCUUGCUCCGGGCUCUGCUCACCCUUCCUUUUCUCUUAAUUCGUUUCAAAUAUCUCUCUCCGUCUCUGCAUGAACUUUCAGGGCCCUCCAGCAUCCUAAGCAAGCUCUCAAAUUCACCUCUCUCUCUCUCACGUUUAUAUAUAAUAUAUAUAUAUAUACACACAAAGCUAUCUUAUAUUGCGGUUCUUCCAUUUCAUGGCGAUUUCAGAUUCGCCUGAGACCAUAGGCAUCACAGGCACCAGCACGAGCUCUCUCACCGACUCGGAUCUCACCCACACUCUCCGACGCAGGCCCGCCGCCGCCACAACUGUACCUAGAGAUGUAGCCGAUUCCGGCUCCAAGACCGAAGAAGACGACAGUACGUUGAACGAUUUGGUCAGAGACUCCGGCAGUGACGACUCGGUGACCGCCAAGAUCUGCGAACCCGGCGAUAACGGUCGUAUUGGAGGCUCGGAAGCUUCUAUGGAUUCGGUCAAUGCUGUCCAAGACAAUAAAGGACUCGGCGAAAAUGAUCGAGGCGUCGAUCCUUCGGCUGCGAAAUUCGCGUAUCGGCCUUCGGUUCCAGCUCAUCGAAGAGUCAAAGAGAGCCCUCUCAGCUCUGAUGCCAUCUUCAGACAGAGCCAUGCAGGUCUCUUCAACCUGUGUAUAGUAGUGCUUGUUGCUGUAAACAGCAGGCUUAUCAUCGAGAAUUUAAUGAAGUAUGGUUGGUUAAUUAAAACUGGUUUUUGGUUUAGUUCAAGAUCAUUGCGAGAUUGGCCCCUUCUUAUGUGCUGCCUUACUCUUCCAAUUUUCCCACUUGCCGCCUUUGUAGUUGAGAAGUUAGCCCUGCAAAAGUCUAUAUCUGAACCUGCUGUUGUUUCUCUUCAUAUAAUCAUUACCACAACUUCAAUUUUGUAUCCAGUUUUGGUGAUUCUCAGGUGUGAUUCUGCUGUUUUAUCUGGUGUUACGUUGAUGCUCUUUGCUUGCAUCGUGUGGUUAAAGCUCGUUUCUUAUGUGCAUACAAACUAUGACAUGAGAGCACUUGGCAAAUCAACUGAAAAGGGGGAUGCCGUGCCCAGUUCUUCAAAUACGGAUAUCCCUCACAAUAUUAGCUUAAAUAGUUUGGCGUACUUCAUGGUUGCUCCGACAUUAUGUUACCAGACUAGUUACCCUCGUACAGUAUGUGUUCGAAAGGGUUGGGUGUUUCGUCAACUUGUCAAGUUGAUAAUUUUUACUGGACUGAUGGGAUUUAUAGUAGAACAAUACAUUAAUCCUAUUGUCAAGAAUUCACAACAUCCUUUGAAGGGGAACCUUUUAUAUGCAAUAGAGAGGGUUUUGAAACUUUCUGUUCCCAAUUUAUACGUGUGGCUAUGCAUGUUCUAUUGCUUUUUCCACCUCUGGUUAAAUAUUCUUGCUGAGCUGCUUUGUUUUGGUGAUCGAGAGUUCUAUAAAGAUUGGUGGAAUGCAAAGACAGUUGAGGAGUAUUGGAGAAUGUGGAAUAUGCCUGUUCAUAAAUGGAUGGUUCGCCAUAUUUAUUUUCCAUGCCUACGGCAUGGAGUACCAAAGGGAGUUGCCAUUGUAAUCGCCUUCCUAGUAUCUGCUGUAUUUCAUGAGCUGUGCAUUGCUGUUCCUUGCCACAUGUUCAAGUUGUGGGCUUUCAUAGGAAUUAUGUUGCAGGUACCGCUUGUCUUGAUCACAAAUUACCUGCAAGAUAAAUUCAGAAACUCGAUGGUUGGAAAUAUGAUCUUCUGGUUCAUCUUUUGCAUCCUUGGUCAGCCUAUGUGUCUGCUUCUAUAUUACCAUGACUUGAUGAAUCGAAAAGGGAAAGCUGAAUAAGAUUUUGACUCCUCUAUCUCAAGGUGUGGAUCGAGUUGUUCCGGAAGCGACUUACGCUGCUCCCAGUGAUCGAUCAUUUGUCAGUGUCGCAGCUUCCUUUGCAAUGUUUUCAUGAUCCAUACGUUUUUCAUGUUACGCAUAGUUUUGGUUAAUUCAGUUGAUUUUAUAUAAACAUUUGAAAUAUCGUUAUCUAACAGGGAGUAGCGACACAACUGUAUUACCUGGUUUAGUUUUUCUGGUAUAUAAUUAGAUGGGAAAUUUGUAAAUGCUUCAGAUUCGAUCAGGUUACGCCUUCAUUAUCAUCU